AUGGAGUCCUGCAGGCUUCACCUUCGAGCAAUGUUGUUGUUGGUUGCUUUCUUGUACCCGGCAUUCGUUCAGUCCUUGGUUCGACACUAUAAGUUUAGUGUGGUCUUCAAAAAUACAACAAAGCUUUGUUCAUCUAAGCCCACCAUCACCGUAAAUGGAAAGUUCCCUGGACCAACCUUGUAUGCAAGGGAAGAUGAUACUGUAAUUGUAAGGGUCAUCAACCAUGUAAAUCACAAUCUCACAAUUCACUGGCAUGGGGUCAAGCAACUUGGAACUGUUUGGGCGGAUGGACCAGCAUACAUCACACAAUGCCCCAUACAGCCUGGGCAAAACUUUAUCUACAAUUUCACAUUCACAGGCCAAAGGGGCACACUUCUCUGGCAUGCACAUACCUCUUGGCUAAGGGCCACUCUACAUGGUGCCAUUGUCAUCUUACCCAAAAGAGGCACUCCUUACCCUUUUCCUACACCUGAUGAGGAAAAAACUGUCAUAUUAGCUGAAUGGUGGAAAUCAGAUGUUGAAGCUGUGGUCAAUCAGUCUGUACAGUCUGGCCUGCCACCAAAUGUCUCAGAUGCACACACUAUCAAUGGCCAUGCAGGACCAGUUCCUGGUUGCUCUUCUCCGGGGGGUUACACUUUACAUGUUGAAAGUGGCAAGACCUACCUGCUACGAAUCAUAAACGCAGCGCUGAACGAUGACUUGUUCUUCAAGAUUGCGGGGCACAAUCUAACCGUUGUUGAAGUUGAUGCCUCCUACACCAAGCCAUUCCAAACUGACACCAUAUUCAUCAGUCCAGGCCAAACUACAAAUGCAAUUUUAACUGCAAAUCAGGGAAUUGGCAAAUACUUAAUAGCAGCCUCUCCUUUCAUGGAUGCGCCAGUUGGCUUUGACAACUUGACUUCAAUUGCCUCAUUGCGCUACAAGGGAACCCCUGCAAAUCCCAAAGCCUUCUUAACCAGCAUUCCUCCUCAAAAUGCAACGCCAGUAACAAACACUUUCAUGAACGCCCUUCGAAGCCUUAAUUCAAAACAGUACCCUGCUAAUGUCCCAUUAACUAUAGACCAUUCACUCUUUUUCACCAUUGCAGUUGGUGUAAAUCCAUGUGCAACAUGUGUCAAUGGGAGCAAGCUGGUGGCUGCUUUUAACAAUGUUAGCUUUGUGAUGCCAACUAUAGCCCUCCUUCAAGCAUAUUACUAUAACAAAAAGGGAGUGUACACACUUGAUUUCCCAGCAAACCCACCAAUUCCUUUCAACUAUACCGGCAACUCUACGGCUAACAUGCAGACCACAAAUGGGACAAGACUUUAUAGGCUGGGGUACAACUCAACGGUUCAGAUUGUGCUACAAGGCACUGCUAUCAUAGCACCAGAGAGCCAUCCAACCCAUCUGCAUGGCUUUAAUUUCUUUGUGGUUGGGAAAGGAAUUGGUAACUUUGAUCCAAAGAAGGACCCAAAAACAUUCAAUCUUGUUGAUCCUAUUGAGAGGAACACAAUCUCAGUACCAACUGGUGGAUGGACUGCAAUCAGAUUCAGGGCAGAUAACCCAGGCAUUUGGUUUUUGCAUUGCCACCUGGAAGUUCACACAACCUGGGGGCUUAAGAUGGCAUUUCUAGUGGAAAAUGGGAAAGGCCCAAAUGAGACUCUGCGACCACCUCCUGCUGACCUUCCAACCUGCUAGAAUUUCCAAUCCAAACGGCUAAAAAAUUAAAAUGGAUGCUUGAGGCUCAAGGCAUGAGAAGAGUGUGCAUGGUAUCUAGAGAAUUUGAGUUGAGUUGAUAAGCAGAAAACAAUGAAAAUGGUUGGCUGGUUCUGGUUGGUUUGAGGAGAAAAUAGAAACAGCUGCUCUCAAAAGAAGUGAAUAAAAAGGGGUAAACUCAUUGCACUGUACAAUUUCAA